CCAGUUCCCCGCCCCUCACGUGGCCUCUUUCCUCUCGCGUUGCCAGCUGCCUCCCGGGCCUGUACACGUGCGCGCACCCGAGGGUGGGCGGAUACCUGUCACGUGACUCCGGACUCCGCGCUCUCUCCGCUACAUCCCUCCCAGUGUGUGCUUCUAGAAUCCGGCGUUAUGGCUGCCGUCGUACCCCGCGCCGCUUCUCUCUCUCCUCUCUUCCCCCUUCUGUUCCUCCUGCUCCUCUCCGCUCCGCAUGGCGGCAGCGGCCUGCACACCAAGGGCGCCCUUCCCCUGGAUACAGUCACUUUCUACAAGGUCAUUCCCAAAAGCAAGUUCGUCUUGGUGAAGUUCGACACCCAGUACCCCUACGGUGAGAAGCAGGAUGAGUUCAAGCGUCUGGCUGAAAACUCGGCCUCCAGUGAUGAUCUCUUGGUGGCAGAGGUGGGGAUCUCAGAUUAUGGUGACAAGCUGAAUUUGGAGCUGAGUGAGAAAUACAAGCUGGACAAAGAGAACUACCCAGUCUUCUACCUCUUCCAGGAUGGGGACUUUGAGAACCCAGUCCUGUAUAAUGGGGCAGUUAAGGUUGGAGCCAUCCAGCGCUGGCUGAAGGGGCAUGGGGUCUACCUAGGUAUGCCAGGUUGCCUGCCUGCAUAUGACGCUCUGGCUGGGGAGUUCAUCAGGGCCUCUGGUGUGGAGGCCCGCCAGGCCCUCUUGAAGAAGGGGCAGGACAGCCUUGCAAGUGUGAAGGAGACUGAGAAGAAGUGGGCUGAACAAUACCUGAAGAUCAUGGGGAAGAUUUUAGACCAAGGUGAGGACUUUCCAGCAUCGGAGAUGAACCGGAUCACCAAGCUGAUAGAGAAGAACAAGAUGAGUGAUGGGAAGAAGGAAGAGCUCCAGAAGAGCUUAAACAUCUUGACUGCCUUCCAGAAGAAGGGGGCUGAGAAGGAGGAGCUAUAAAAAGGCACUCCAGGGUUUUCCAGGGUUUGAGGGUGGGGACAGGAGAAUUACCUGCUGGCUGUGAGACCCCGUUGGGAUGUAAGGGAGCAGUGGAAAAAGUGGCACUAUACCAGUUAUCUGAGCAGGCCUGGACAUUGAUGCAACAUGACCGUGCUUGGGACGUCUCUGUGGCCAGUCCAGAUAUAGCUGGAACACUUAGUCAGAUGGCUUAUGAAAUUUGGUGCUAUAAAGAGUGUACAGCCCAGGUCCUUGGCAGGUGUAAAUCUGAUCCAAUUAAAGUUACCAUGUUUUGGUUAAGUGGA